GGAGCUAACUGAAUCGCAGUUUGAUUUAUAUAGCUUCGGCAUUCACGAUUUGUGUGUAAGGUGAUGUUAACUGUAUUAUUAUUACAAAAUUGUAAAUUUUCACGUUGCAUUGCAUUUAAAUUGACGAUUUUAAUAUAUGUAGACAAUUUUUUUGUACAUAAAGAAAAAUGAAUAUAAUAUUCCGAAAGCUUUUAACAAAUGGCGAAAUAAUGUUAAUCGCUACAAUAGCAAUUUGCACUGCUAUCAAUACCGAAAAUGACACUACAGGUCGUUACCAUUUACCAGAUUACAUAAUACCAUUGCAUUAUAAUGUCAAUAUAAAAUUUGACUACAAAAUAAAUUAUGUUAUUGGUAAAUGUAGCAUACUUAUACAUAUUACUCGUGAAACAAAAAAUAUAUCUAUGCAUCUAGUGACUUUUGCUGUAAUAAAAAUUGUUUUGUAUGACACCCAUCAUAGUAAAAAAGUUUACGUUCCAAAAUAUUUAUUUAAUAAUGAAUUAAAUAUGUUUAUGAUCCAUUUUACCAAGGACCCAAAAUUUCCAAAAUAUUUACCGGCUGGUAUAUACACUCUAAUACUGACAUAUAUGCGUGACAUAAAAAAUAACGAAAAACACUUUUAUAAAUCUUUAUACUCAAAUAGAAAACUGGACAACAAACUGUUAAAUGCGACAGGUGUUGAUGUAAAGACUGCUCGACAACUAUUUCCAUGCUGGGACAAGAGAACAUUCAAUGCGACCUAUAAAAUUUCCAUCAAGCAUCAUAAAAAUUACACAGCUUUAUCAAAUAUGCCUAUACAAACAACAGAAAAUGACAAACAUGACAUGAUGUGGACACAUUUUGAGAAAUCACCUUCUAUGUCGAUUCAACAUUUAAAAGUUGUGAUAAUCACAUCCACUAAUAUUUCUACUUCGGUUGAAAAUGUCACAUUUUGGAGUACAAGAAAUGUAACAAACUAUUUAAAAUUUGCAAUAUGUAUUGCCCAACAAGUCCUACACUUUUUGAAACAUGAAAAUAAUAUAGAAAAAAUAACAAAAAUAGAUUAUAUUGUACUUUGGGAUACUCAAAAGGAUAUCACUGAGCCAUGGACACUAAUUUUACAAAGAGAAGCUGAUAUUCAUGUCGAAGACUUAGAUUCCGUUGGGUAUAAAUUGAAAGUGGCACGUCUUAUAACAAAUCAUAUAGUAUCUCUUUGGUAUAAUGAUGUGUUGCUAUGGUCGAAAACAGGUUUCGCUACAUUGCUUGCAACGUACAUCUUAUAUCAGAUUCCUACGAAUUAUGACAUAAUAAAUUUAUUUAUCACCGAAACACAACGGGAAUCUUUUCUCUUUGAUACUGCUUCGGAUGCAAUCAAAACGAAUUCACUUAGCUAUCAUCUAAAUCAUGUGAAACCAUCCAAUAUAUGGCGCAUGUUACACCGUUUGAUAACUCCUGAUAUGUUUUGGACUGGAAUCCGCACAUAUGUUAAUAACAAACAAUAUAAUCAAACAAAUGAUUUAUGGAACAUGAUGCAAACUAUUAUACCAAAUAACUCAACCGCAUUUAUUGUAAACAGACUUAUAUCUGUUUGGAUAGCGGAAAAAUAUCCUGUACUGUACGUAACACGAAAUUAUUUGUCUAAUAAUACAAUAUUCCGAUAUCUCACUCUUGAUUUUGACGAGGAUACAGAACAUCUUUCAGCAUUCGUGACGUAUACGACAAAAUCAGAAAUAAACUUUCACGAUAUUUUUGCCAAUAAAUCCUUUUGGCUAUCACCACAAAAGCCGAAAGGAUUAAAGCAAAAGUUUGAUAAGAAUGAUUGGAUUAUAGUCAAUUUACAACAAACAGGGUAUUAUCGUGUUAAUUAUGAUGCUGAAAAUUGGCUUAAACUUGCGAAUUAUAUGAAUCCUACGAAAUAUGUGAAAAUACAUGUUCUCAAUCGAGCCCAAAUCAUAGAUGAUGCGUUUUAUUCCUUCAUACAUAAAGAACUUGAUUACAUUAUGUUUUGGAAAAUCUCUGAAUUUCUAUCACGAGAUAUGAGUUUUGUAGCAUGGUAUCCUAUGCUUAAAGCUUUUGAAUAUGUAACUCUUAUAGUUUCAAUUAAAGAUGCUAACGACGUAAAGGAAAAGAUGCAAAAUAUAUUGAGUGGAGUUCUACAAGAAAUAGGAUACUCUUCAAAAGCGAAGGAAAGUGAUCUUACUGACUUUUUAAGAAAGGAAGCCGCCAAAUGGGCAUGUAUUAUUGGCGAGAAAAAUUGCAGAGAAGUAGCCAAUAAGCUAAUGUUAAAAGAUCUACAUAACGUAACUUUUGUAACGCAAUCAGAAUGGAAAAGAUGGAUGUAUUGUAAUGGUUUGGUGUCAGCGAACAACAUCAUUUGGUAUGAAGUAUGGGAGAAAGGGAUAGCAAAACCUGAUGAUAAAUUUUUAGAAUAUUUAACUUGCUGUGAAGAUCCAGACAUAAUUUCUAAUUAUUUGAGGCUGAUUUGGCAACAUAAAUUUUUAUCACAACGCAACAAUACACGUGCUCGUAUAUUUCUUCUUACUGUUGCGAAACAUGCAAAAGACAAUAUAGUUUGCGAUUUUGUAUUGCAAAAUCUCAAGAAAAAUACACUUACGUUCACUUCCAACAGGCAAGCCGACAUAAUUGCAACAUUAAUUGUUAUUAUUACGCACCAACAUGCUGUAGAGCAAUUGAAUAAGGUACUUGAAUUUGCAAAAAUUAAUUUAAGAGAAAAGCGAUUAGUUGAUGCUGUUAAAAAAAAAAAUAAGAAACGAAGAGACGAGUACGCAAGAAAAGUCGGAAACUUAGGACUCAUCGGUGUGCGUCGGUUUAAAUAAUAUUUAUUUAAUUUAAUUAUUCCUUCUUACACUGCAAAUUUUUGUUGGACCAAAUAUUUGUCUUUUUUGAUUUUCAAUAAAGAAGUUAUAGAAAGAUGCUUUACAACUAGAAGUGUCUUAUAGUCGACGAUGAGAACAGAAUCGGCUUCGAAAUACAAAAUAUAUCUGGGAAAGUGUAAUGUAUCUUGCAAGAAAAUAAUUUUUGCCAAGAAUAAAAUAAUAUAAAAUAAAAUAUUUUGAA